AUGUCUGCUCUCAACAUCUCCCUCGAAAGCCACCUACAUGAGACAGUAGCACCAUUGCACUCAUUACUGCCUGAUGAACUUGCUACUCAGUUAGCUCCAUUUGUCCUUGGCACGCCGCCUUCAACGAUACCACACUCUCUUCUACUUUCCAUAAGCAAAUGGUCUCGGUCGUCUGACGGCAUUUCAGUGCUUCGAGCUGCUUCACUUGACCCACAAUCCUAUACUAUGAUUGCUCUCCUCGCCGGCACAACCACUUCCCCAGAACGGAAAUUACCAGCCUACAUUCCGGACCAGAGUCCUCAAGACGUUGCAGCAGCCCGCAAAGCAGAGAGGAAGGCCAUCACCACUCUCGUCAAUGCACUUUUGAGUGUGUUUGGGUCGGGUUUUGCGGCAUGGUGGGCAGCUGACAAAACAGGCUGGAAAUAUGAAUGGCGCGUUCUAUUUGCCCUUGGUGUUGCAAUCGUCGUGGCUGUUGCCGAAGCGGGGUUGUUCCUCAUAUGGGAAUCCCGUCAUUCUAAAAAGCUUCCCAAACGGAAACUCGAGCACUCCUCGAAAAAGAGAGAGCAGUUGCAACCUCCCAUCGACCCCUCUCCAGUCGAACAUGAUGGAGCUUACACUGGUCUUCGUCAAAGAACGCAGGUUUUACUUCACCCAACAGAAUCGUAG